GGCGCUCGCGAGGGUCACGUUUUGCAGAUUUUGAAAGUAAAAAAAAAAGGAAAAAAAAAGACAAACUUUGACAAAGAGUAACCACCGCGGAGAAAUACAUCUGCGCGGCUGAACUUCCACCAGCAGCCCGAGGGGACCGGGAGGAGGAGUCAACAGGUCCCAGAGCUUAGGAGCUGCAAUCGAUUCAAGGGGAGAUUUCCUUGGCCAAGGACAGGGAGAUUGACGUUUUUGGGAAGAAGGGCUCGUCCGAGCAAUCGAUGCGGGCAGUCCACCAGCCGGAAGCCCAGUUGGCCGAACAGCACACCACUCAAUCAGUCUGAACAGCAGCACAAAAGGGCUGCUGGAGACCGACAGAGGCAGAGGCUGCGAAGAGGAGGCCCAUCCAAAGAAGAAGAGUUUCGUCUUGGCAUCAUGUGAUCUGCGCAUUCCCUAGGAGGCCUCUGUACUGGAAGAGUGAAUCUACGCUCCCUUCACUGCAUCACAACCACUAGUACCACUAUCACCACUCCUCAUCAGAGUCACCUGUUCUUGACUCAACUUGCCUUCUGUCUCUUUCGCCCCCUUCAUCUUGAAGAUAAGGAAUGGCCGUGCGAGUUUGCAGCUUCCCUACCGCCUCUCGCAAAUAAAGCCUUUCAGCUUGUCUCACAAUACCAGAGAAAGGAAGGAUAAAACACUCUACAGUCCUCUUUUAUACUUCUACCCUGUGUCUCUUUUUAUCUUUGUUUCCUUAGUAACGUAGCCCUGAACACACACAUUCACUAAACCAACAGGAUUUUUGUGUUGGUGACAUCUACAACAGCCAUUUUAAGGACAACAGCACCCAGGUUUCCAAGCCAUAAGGAAAUUGUUUUUACAAUCUUCGCUUGGCAGUCUUUUGGAAUAUCUACUCAUGCAGUGUCCCUAUGGGGGAUUAAAUCAGUCCAGGAAUCCACACUGACUCCUCUUUUUGUUAGAGCUUGUUACGGUGUUUUUUUCAGUGAGGUCUGUUUGUGACUGGAGGUGGACUUGAGGCAUCAUGGCUGGGAAGGGCAACCCGGUGCCGGGCCCCCACCUCAACGGCUUCCCCAUGCCCACCUACUCCUACUUCUUUCCCCACAUGCUAGGCAGCCUGUCGCCCCCAGCCCUGCCAGGACUGCCCCUCAGUGGGUACAGCACCCCGUCACCAGCCACGAUAGAAACCCAGAGUACCAGCUCAGAAGAGAUAGUGCCAAGCCCGCCCUCACCUCCCCCGCCGCCCCGCGUCUACAAGCCCUGCUUUGUGUGCCAGGACAAGUCCUCAGGGUACCACUAUGGUGUCAGCGCCUGUGAAGGCUGCAAGGGCUUCUUUCGGAGAAGCAUCCAGAAGAACAUGGUGUAUACUUGUCACCGGGAGAAGAACUGCAUCAUCAACAAAGUCACCCGCAACCGCUGCCAGUAUUGUCGGCUGCAGAAGUGCCUGGAAGUCGGGAUGUCCAAGGAGUCGGUUAGGAACGACCGGAACAAGAAGAAAAAGGAUGAGAAGAAGCAGGAGUGCACAGAGAGCUACGUGCUGAGUCCCGACACAGAGCAGAUGAUCGACAGGGUUCGCAAGGCACACCAGGAAACUUUCCCCUCUCUCUGCCAGCUGGGCAAAUACACUACGACUAACAGCUCAGAACGACGUGUAUCCUUGGAUGUAGACCUGUGGGACAAGUUCAGCGAACUCUCCACCAAGUGCAUCAUAAAGACAGUGGAGUUUGCUAAGCAGCUGCCGGGCUUUACAACGCUUACCAUCGCCGACCAGAUCACUCUGCUCAAAGCAGCCUGUCUGGACAUCCUGAUACUCCGGAUCUGUACACGCUACACACCAGAGCAAGACACCAUGACGUUCUCAGAUGGACUCACGCUAAACCGAACCCAGAUGCACAAUGCUGGCUUCGGUCCCCUCACUGACCUGGUUUUUGCCUUUGCCAACCAGCUCCUCCCUCUGGAGAUGGAUGAUGCAGAGACAGGGCUGCUCAGCGCCAUCUGUUUGCUGUGUGGAGAUCGUCAGGACUUGGAACAGGCCGAGAAGGUAGACAUUCUGCAGGAGCCCCUCCUGGAGGCGUUGAAGAUUUACGUAAGGAGGAGGAGACCCCACAAACCGCACAUGUUCCCCAAGAUGCUGAUGAAGAUUACUGAUCUGAGAAGCAUCAGUGCUAAAGGAGCUGAGCGUGUCAUCACCCUGAAGAUGGAGAUCCCCGGCUCCAUGCCCCCUCUCAUCCAGGAGAUGCUGGAGAACUCGGAAGGCCUGGAAAGCGGGGCCGCAGGCAGCCGGCCCAGUGGUGCCCCCCCAGGCAGCUGCAGCCCCAGUCUGUCCCCUAGCUCUGCCCAAAGCAGUCCAGCCACACAAUCGCCGUAGUAGCGGCCCACCUUUUUAUUUUUCCUCACGAUGCUCUCUGUCUCCACCCUCGACGUUCUAAAGAGGAGGGGCGAAGGAGGGGGGCCUUGACCCUGACUGCUGAACACAGGAGACCAGCAGAGCCAACCCUCCUCCUCUCCUAAACACAAAUCCUGAUCUGCUUUCCCUCACUCUGGAGCACUGUCCUGAUGUGAGGGGAGGCAAGGCCGGGGCGGGCCGGGGCAACAGGAUGCCUCCGAGAGACCACACCGUAAACACUGCUGAUGACUCAUCCUCCUUCUCCCUCCACUCUCCUCUCCACUGCUGCUCCUCCUCUCUCCACCGUUCUCCAAAAGACUCAAGGAAACAAAUCUGGAUGCAGUGGAGACCAGUUUCGAAUGGAACCGAGAGUGGGCGGGGCACCAUGGGACAAAUAUAUGAACAAGGACAAUGCAUACAGACUGACUUGACGAACACCAGACACUUUUUUGUUGUACUCUGAGGCAGACUGCAAGCUUGGGACUUGUCAAAAGACCCCCCUCCUCAAAGACUCUGGGUCUUUUUUCUUUUUCCAACUUCAAAAAACAGAUUUCGUACAAAAGAUAUAUAAAUAUAUAUAGAAAAGUUUAGGAACUAUUGUGAUUGACAUGUCCAGAACAGAAUGGCAGGUUGAAAUGCGGACGUGUUUUCUGAGAUUAGAAAUUGUUGUACUCCUUCACUGUUUGAAUCUUUUCAUACCCAUAGAGAGUAUUGAGAGAAAUGUUUCAGUUUUAUCACAUUUGUACAUUAUUCUAAUUAACAACAAGGAAAAUAUGUUGAAAUUUCUCUCCAGUCUACACAUACAAACACACACAAACAAAGACAUACACACACAUAAAUGUGCACAGAAAACAAGUCGUAAUGAAUAUCACCUACUAUUCCAGGUUGGAUUUGUUUUCCUUUUUUUCUUUUUUUUUUUUUCUUCCACGAGAAUGGAAAAAAAUGAUUGUAUGAACUUGGUUGUAUGAUAUGGUCACAGGUCCUUUCAAGAAAUCAAAUUAAUGAAGAUUCAUUAUUAAGGUGUAUUUUAAGUAGCCUUUGAGUUUGUGUAUAUAAGCUGUAUUCAUUUCUUUAAAACUAUGAAGAGUUUUAGGCUUCACCUGACUUUUUUUUUUUUAAGAAUACCUUUUAUGUGUUUUGUUUAUAGGUUUGUGAUGCAAGAAAAGACAUUUUGAGCACAUUUUACUGAAGGAAGUUCUUUCAUGUUUUGUGUCCUACUAAAUACUGGACAGACCCUUAACCAAUCACUGGCUGUUCAGAAUGUGGCUUUCACAAACAAUUUCAAUCUCCUCCCUCCCCUUCACUCUUAAAACAUGU